AUGAUAAUGCGCCCAGCUUUUAUGUCACCUCCAUCAAAUAUGGCUCUACGUUUCCUGCCGCCUCAGCUGUGUAUUUUCUUGCAUUUUCAGCUCCGUCUGCCAAUGGUGAAUUUUAUGCGGCCACCGCUUCAGUUCCAGCCGAAUAUCAUUGAAUCGGGGCCGAGUAUGUAUGAGGCAGCGGCCAAGGUUGACGUGCAAAACAAUUACAAAGAGGCAGGUGCAGGACCAAGCGCAAUGAAAACCCAGGCAUUGGUAUCUGAUGUGGAAGCGGUAGCCCAUAAAAGACAGUCUGAAGCGUUUCAUCGUUCAGCCUAUAUGAAUGCGAAUGCGCGUGGUGAAAAAAAGUCGAAAAAACGAUUCUUGCGUUGUGGUGGAGGGCAGGUUUGGGAAGAUAAGUCGCUAACAGAAUGGGAUCCAAACGAUUUUCGUAUAUUUUGUGGCGAUCUCGGUAAUGAAGUAUCGGAUGAAUUGCUGGCGAAAGCUUUCCGUAAAUAUCCCAGUUUCCAGAAAGCUAAAGUCGUUCGUGAGGCUCGAACGAAUAAAUCGAAGGGUUACGGAUUUGUGUCUUUCAAGCAUCAGGAUGAUUUUGUCCGUGCAUGCCGUGAAAUGGAUGGUAAAUACGUUGGCAAUCGGCCAAUAAAGUUGAGGAAGAGUAACUGGAAGGAGCGAAAUUUGGAUGUUGCAAAAAAGAAGAAAAAGCAGAAGCAAAAACUUGGUUUAGCUUAA